UGCACCAUAGCAUCACAAAGCUUACAGGUUAAGAAACUUCCCAUCCUCAAAACCCUAAAAAAUAAUAAAACAAAAAGAGAGAGAGGAGAGAGAGUGAGAGCAAUAACAAAAUAAAUAAAAGCCCCCCUUUAUCUUUCCUUCUCCUUCCCUUUCUUUCUCUCUCUUCUCUCUCUGCAACUCUCUCGUUGAUGUGAUUCUCCACCAUAUCUCCAAAAACUCAUCAACCUUUACAAAAGAGAAAGAUCAAAAACCAUGGUUUUUUCUUCGGUUCCGCUCUAUCCACCCAACUGGCAGCAGCAACAAAAUCAUCAAUCUGGAAAUAGCACCGAGAAUCCCCAGCUUCCGCCACCACCGCCGCCUCCGGCAGGUGGUGGCUCAGGCUCAAUUAGGCCUGGUUCGAUGGCUGAUCGUGCCCGUCUGGCCAAGCUGCCACAGCCGGAGGCAUCCCUGAAGUGCCCACGAUGUGAAUCGACCAAUACAAAGUUUUGUUACUUCAACAAUUACAGCCUCUCACAGCCUCGCCACUUCUGCAAAACCUGUCGACGAUACUGGACAAGAGGAGGUGCGCUGAGAAAUGUUCCUGUGGGCGGGGGUUGCAGGAGGAACAAGAGAAGCAAGGGUAGCAGCUCAAAAUCACCGGUCACUGGUGAACGUCAGACUGGUGCUGGUUCAACAGGUGCAAUCUCAACAAAUAGCUGCACCACUGAUAUGAUAGGCCAUAUACCACCACCCCCGCCACCACAAUUACCGUUUAUGACCUCUUUACAUCAUCUUACUGACUACACUGCGGCCGACAUCGGCUUAAACUUUGGAGGAAUCCAGCCACCAAUGGCGGCAACAGGGGGCGGUGGUGGGACCGACAUGGAUUUCCAGAUAGGAAGUAAUUCAGGUGCUGGCAGCUCCAUGUUAUCAUCUGGAGGUGCCGAGCAAUGGAGGUUGCCGCAAGUGCAUCAAUUCCCUUUUCUAACUGGUUUGGAGCCACAUGCGGGGUUAUAUCCAUUCGAAGGAGAAGGUGUUGAGCCAUCCGCAUAUGGUGGAGUCGUCUCUCACUCCCAGGUUCGGACUAAGCCGUCGGGUUCUGGUGUUACUCAACUAGCUUCAGUGAAAAUGGAGGAAAAUCAUGGGUUGAAUUUAUCAAGGCAGUUUUUGGGUAUUCCAGGAAAUGAUCAGUACUUGGGCGGAAAUGCAUGGACAGAUCUCUCCGGUUUCAAUUCUUCUUCCACCGGCCAUCUCUUAUAAUUCCAAUCCCUUUCGAUCUCCAAAAAUCUUGCCUCGUUUUUCUUUCUCCAUUAGUUAGUACAACAUCAACUAAAGAAAAUCAGACUUGAAGAGAAAAGUUCCAUUCGAUCACCUUAUUAACUUGGUUGUUCCAACAUCAAAAAUCCAAGAUGGUUGAAGAGCAAAAAGAAGGAAAAAAAAAGGAUCCAGGAAGGAACCUGUCUCUUCAUGAUCUACUGAAGAACCUAGAAAUGGUAGACUUUCUUUUUUUUUUUUUUUAAUUUAUUUGCUUUUGUUUAUUUUUUUGUGUAUUCUAUUGGCAUGUUUACAGGAGUUGGUGAAUGAGUUCAGGGUUUUUGAUAUCUGACAUGAAGGGCUAGUUGUUAGAAUUGAUCAAAGCACUGUAAUGAGAGAUUUCUGUUGAAGUUCUUUUUGUGAUAAAUCUAUCUCAGUCCUCUUCUUCUCUA